UAUCAUUGGGAUAUGUGGCUCGGAGCAUUCUUGGAGCUGAUUAACCACCCAGUGUCUGAUUGAAAUAGGCACCUGGGGUCAAAGGCAUGGAGGGGGAGUACGUUGUCCCAGGAUUUGGAAAUAUAUGGGCAUAGUGGCUGGAUACCGUGCACAUCGUUACAUCCAGGGCAUUCUGAUCGUUCCAGGCCUGGAGACAGCUGUCUCAUUCAUGCAGCGAUCAGGUUCUGGUAAAUUAGGACCUUUGAAGACAUUUUCUUGUUGCAGAAGCAGCCCAUGGGGUCUCCAGUUUCUUUUGUCUUAUCCAGAAUGGCAGCUUGUGGAGGAAAUCAGAAGAACAAAGUUACUGUUAAUAAGCCCAUAUGGGAUUUUCUCAGCAAAGAGGCUCCGUCCAAACUUGACCGACUGAGUGAGGAGAACAGAGUCCGGAUUUUGAUCGAUGGGGAAACGUCUGAGAUAUAUGUUUUACGGUUAUCUCCUGAGAACCACAUUACACCAAAUGCUGUACCUGUAGCUAGAAAGGCACUUAAAACUCUGUUGAAGGAGACUGAAAAGGAGUUAAAGAAAUCUCACAAACAGCACCAGCUUUCUGGUUGUAUGAGCUAUGGGGAUAAGAACAAUGAACAUGGCGCUGAAUUGCACAUUCGAGGCACAUAUUCUAGAGGGCAGCAGAGUACAGGUAGCAGGGGAGUUCCUGGAUGCUCUGGUGGAGCCAGUAGUAGUCAUGGCAGCUCUCGUGACCAUAGAAGAGACGAAGUAGAGGAUGACCGAGAGAACCAGUGUCCAAUUUGCUUGGGUGAGAUCCAGAAUAUAAAGACACUGGAAAAGUGCCAGCACUCAUUCUGUGAGGAUUGCAUUACAAGGGCCCUGCAGGUGAAGAAAGCCUGCCCAAUGUGUGGUCGUUUCUAUGGACAGCUGGUGGGAAACCAACCUGAGAAUGGAAGAAUGUUGGUAUCGAAGGACUCCGGCCUGUUGCUUCCAAGCUAUGAGAAAUAUGGGACCAUUAUUAUCCAGUACGUCUUUCCACCUGGAAUCCAAGGGACAGAACAUCCUAAUCCUGGUGUAAGAUAUCCAGGGACCACUCGCGUGGCUUACUUGCCUGAUUGCCCUGAAGGAAAUAAAGUUCUUGCACUGUUCAAGAAAGCCUUUGACCAGCGUUUAACCUUUACCAUUGGUACUUCAAUGACAACAGGGAGACCCAAUGUCAUCACGUGGAAUGACAUUCAUCACAAAACCAACUGCACAGGAGGACCACAGCUAUUUGGAUACCCAGAUCCCACCUACUUGAUGAGAGUACAGGAGGAGCUCCGAGCCAAAGGCAUCACAGCCGAUUAAAGAAGCCCAUCCUCCAUUACUUAAAAAAACAUAACCGAAACAUGGGGAACAAAAAACAUCUGUAUCUUUCACUGGUUCAAACCUAAUUUUUCAUGAGGGGAAACAUGCCUUUUAUCUUUUUUUUUUUCCCUUACCCUCAUCAGCAUAACUGAUUAGAUACUGCUAGUGGCAGCAGUAAGGAUACCGACCGAUUGGACUGCAGGGUGGUGCUGCAGAACAUUGGGGAACAUUUCUUAGCAAAACUCUGCUAAACUGUCUAAUGUGGAGGGCCUUAUCGAGAGCUGGUUUUGGAAGUGUUUCCCAAGAUACUUUAAGAAAGAACUACGGAGUCUGUUGAACAUUUUACAGUGGAAGAGACUGUAUAAUGAACCAGUGAUUUUUAUGCAGGAUCCUUGCAAUGAGCAGGUUUACUUGCGGUCAUACACUUUUAAUGUUUGAAGGGGGAUAAGAGAAUUGUUCGGCAUCCUACGGUGUUUUCUGGUUCCUGCAGUUCUGGUAUUCUGCUGUUUUUCAAGUUGCAACAUGUUUUGGAUCUUAGUAGUUAAUAAGCCAUUAGAAAGGACUUGACAUAGUUGAUGUUGCAAUGCAUUCUGGAUCCUGUAGUUCUACCUUUGUUAAAGUAUUGCAAUACAUUUAGGCUCUCGUAAUAUUCAUACCUCUGUUAUGGCCCAGUGUACUAGAUGCUGCAGUGCAAUUUAAAACCUGGAGCUGUGGUUCAUUUUACAAUAUAAUAUAUUUUUGUGUUUGUGACAUAACAUACACAAUGUAUUUUUUUUUAUUAUUUACCAACCAAAUUUGGUAUCUGAAUCCAAAACUGAAAAAGUAAUUUUUAUUUGUUUUUAAUUGUUUUUACAUUGUCUCAGUCUGACUUUCAGAGUAUGCUAAAUACAAGUUAAUAAAUUUAUUUUAUCACCAGAUUUUCUAGGACAGUGUUGUAGUAAGACUGGCAGAGUGUCACAGAGGUAAAGUUUAAUAAUAUUUAAUAAGUAAUGCCUAGUUGACCUCUUUGUUUUAUUAGUGUAUUCACAAGUGUUUAUUCCUGAAAAAAGGAAUAGUGGGGUACGAGAUGGAUAAAUAGCAAAGUUGAAAACUUUAAAAUGUCACUGUUUUAGCUUAAACUUUGCAAUCCAUUUAUCUAUGUAGCAAAUUGUACACUAGUACAAAAUAACAGCUUGGAAAUAAAUAGUAAUAAAGAGGACUGUACAAUUUUACGCCCAUUGAUUGAACAGUGGUUUUGUUAAUGCAACUGACAGUGAUUACAUUUCUCCUUCAAAAAAGUCUCCAAAAGAUCUACUUAAGAUCAUAUUUACAAAGGGAAUUGGCUUUACUCAGAGAAAUGUUGAAGUUUAAUUUCAAGUUAAAUCACAUUGUGAUAGAUGGUCCAGAGACUAUCUAUUAAGAGGAAAACGGUAUAGUUGAAAUGCCUAGACAACAUAGAUGAUGAAACCAUAGUCAGUUCUCUUUCUAAUUAUCCAUUACCCAUCAAUAGAAACAUUUAGGUCAGAGAUGAGAUGUUAGGUUUGAUCAAACAUUAUUUUUUACUAAGUAUUUUUUUUUUAACAUUUUGUUUUGGGGAUUCAUUUGGCAUUUCAUUUUUUGUAAUCGAUUAUUCAUAACACUGUUGUUAGUUAAAGGAACACUUCAAGCACCAUAUCCAAUAGAGCCUGCUGUAGUGGUUAUUGUACCAGGAGAGCCCAGGUGCCCUCCCAGGAUAAGUAAUCAAGUCGUUUAGGAACCUUGGUCAUGCCAGGUGCCCACUGUUUUCUCCCUUGCUGCUAAGAGCUCCUUGUAACAGCAUUCCGCUGACUGCUUCCAGCACCUAGGGAGGUGGCAGUGGGCGGCCUGUGGAUCACAGGUUAGUUGUCAAUUGCUUCUUAAAUGGUUUGACUCGUUACUUUUGGAGGGCACUGCACCAUAACCACUGCAGUGGGAUGUAGUGGUUAUGGUGCUUAGAGUGUUUCUUUAACACGAUUUCUGAAUAUUCAAGCAGAGAAGUAUUGUAUUUCCUUAUCCUGUUAAUUAAAACAAUGUAUUAAAGCAAAAGAGGCUUUUCACUAAGGACCUUAUUAAAAACUGUUAGAUUCAAAGUUAUGUUCCACGUACAAUGAUCGUUUAGCAAAAAAAAUAAAUUAUACAGUUUAUGGGAAAAAACACAAAAAUACAAUUGCAAACUUCUUGUAAACUAUGAGAAUUCUUAGUUACAUUCUACAGGAAGCAUUACAAUAAAGUUUAAAGGGACAUUGUCAGAAAAAUGUUUUGUUAAAAGUUUUGGAUCGUUAACAAUAAAACACAAGCUCUUAACAUUGGAA